CCUCCUCAGCCCCUUCCUGUCUACCAAGACAGCUGUGUCAUCAACAACCGGCGUGGUUUUGUUGUUGUCUGAUUUUUACGAGGUCUGGGCAACUGGAGCGGGCUGUCGGCGUAGUCUGCAUCUGCGCCAGCCACCGGCUACACACUCACCAAGAGGAGGCCCGCCUGUGACACACGUCCCCCUCAUCCCGGGUGUUCUUCUAUACCAUGAGCUCUGGCUCUGCCCAGGAUGUGGCAGUCGAGCAUUUCCUGCGUGACAUAGAGAGGAGAAGCAAGCGGCUACACUGCGCUGUGAUAGGCUGCGAGGAGGAGCGACCCCGCAGCGACAUGAACCUGCUGUAUCGUAAGAGCCGUUUGGACUGGAGGCAGAAAGACCAAGAGGGAAGUAAAAAGAGCUCCACUCAGAACGACCCGUCAGCUACCGUCGGCAAAGUCAGAGACUUGGCUUCUUUCCGACGGCAUUUCCGGAUGGGCUUCAUGACCAUGCCUGCCUCCCAGGACCUGUCCCCUCACUCCUGUGCCUCUGCCAUGGCGCCGCGCUCGCAGUCCUGCCACGCUGUCGGCGCCGGUGACACAAGUCUGGAGAAUGGAGAUUACUCCGACACCCAGUCCCAGCACUGCGGCCGCUGCCCCCCGGCCAAACCCAAGCGCCACCCCAGCACUCGCCUCAGCUCCUCAUCCGCAGACAGCAGAGGACCCCCAGAGACGCCGCCUCCCCCUCCGCCCGGUCACUCGCAGUCCAAACACUCAGAGAAGAAAAACGCCAUGAAGAAGUCUGACUCUGGAGACAUUGGCUCGAAGAAGGUGCCUCCUCUGAAACCCAAGAGAAGUCCCAGCACCCAGCUUUCCCUGGACCCUCUUCCUUCACGUGUGCCUCCAUCUGCCACAUCGCUGCCAUUUCAGGCUGCAGACUCUCAGAUUCAGACGGGAGACGGGGACGACGAGCCGGUCUAUAUCGAAAUGGUGGGCCAGGUGUUCACCAGGGAUAGCCAGACGGCCACGCCCCAUCCGGUCACGCCUGUGGCCACGACGCCAGACUCUGAUUCAGACCAGAGCGAGGCGAUCUACGAAGAGAUGAAAUACCCACAGCAGGAGGACCGAGAGUCCCAUCGACACCUCCCUGCCAAACACGAGAAAAUGAAAUCCUCUAAACACUUCCAUGUCACCCCCUCCUCGUCCAGCAGCUCUUCCUCGCUCCCGCGCCCCUCCUCCUCCUCCCCGUCCUACUCCAAACCAAAAGCAACUGUGUCAAUCUCUCAUUCAUCUCCGCUGCCGUCCUCUGCCUCCUCCACCCCGGUUCCCCAAGCCCUCUCUGCCAGUCCGCACACACCGCGAGCUCCCACUCCUUAUCUGCUGCAAGGGAAUAAAUCUGAGCCCGAGUCCAACACCAAGAUCCCCGCCCCUUUCCCAAACCUUCUACAGCACCGGCCGCCGCUGCUCGCCUUUCCUCAGCCUGCGGCAGCCUCCAGCGGGGUCGGGGUGCAGAACAAGGCAUCGGCUUCAUCUAAAAUGGGAACUCAGACAGCGAGCGUGACGACUCAAGCUAGCAGCUCCUCCUCGGCUUCUUCUAACCUCGUUGCGGCGCUGACGGGCUCCAAGGAGUCAUCGGGGGGAAGCGGAACGCAGCAGGACAAACACAGCAGGGAUUCCCAGCUGGGUCCUGCCCCUGGACUGAGAGCCAGGAGUCACUCCACGCCGCUGCCUCCCUCGUCAAAAUCCACCUCGCCGUUCUCCCAUCACCAUCACCACCCCCACCACCGCCCCUCGCACUACCAUCACUACCGCAAGCCGGAAAGAGGGGACUCCCCCGCUCCGACCAAGAGCGGCUCGCAGACGUCAAACCAGGCCACAGUCCAGACGCAGACCUCCAGUUCAGGCAAGGAAGGAAAGUCUGUCAGCUUCCUGUUGAAAUCUGACAAAGCCGACAGGGAUAAGGACAGGGAAAAGGACAGGGAAAAGGACCGAGAUAGAGACAGAGAUAGGGGCAGGGACAGAGACAGAGAGCGAGACCGAGACAAGGACAAAGACAAGGACAGUCAUCGAGAAAGGGAUCGAGAUAGAGAUAAGGAAAGGGACAGAGACAGAGACAGAGACAGAGAAAGGGAUCGGGACAGGGAUGGAGGGCCACACUCCUUGCAGAUGGAAAUCACGACUUCAAGCAGCCAAACACCUCAAAGCAGCACCAGCUCCACUCCUACACCGUCAUCCUCAUCCCAGCGUCCUCAUUCUCGCCCCCAUCUCCGCUCUCACACCCCGCACGGCCUGCCAGCCUAUAAGCCUCCCUCGUCGGACAGCCCCCUGCUGUGGACCUACCCCUCCGGCGGCUUUCGGAGGCCGCCGGCUUACGAGAGCUUGAGAGGCGGCUCUCAGACUCCAUCUCUGCAGCAGCCCUCAAGUCUGACCGGCGUCGGCGAGGGGGCCUCCAAAAGCAACGGAGGGUCUGCGUCCGUCCAGUCGAAAGUUGGCUUCAUGCCUUGGGACAGCAGUGCCAGCUUAGCCGCAGAUGACGGGUCUUACUGGCCUAUGCAGAGGAAAUUAUCCUUUAGCCAUGGGAGCAGAGAGACAGAAAAGGAUGAGGGGCGGGCGUGGAACGGCAGUGCCGAUGCCCUGUUAAGGAUGGAUAAAGAGGACUUUGGGAUGGGGUCACGAGGAGGCCACUCAGGCAUUCCAGUCCACUUCAGUGGUGCCACCAGCAGGGCUCUCGGUCACAGCGAGUCUUUGGCCGGAGUUGAUAGCAGCUCAGGAUUCAGAGCUCUGCCCAGAGUGGGGAUGCCUCUUCCCUGCCAGACUUUUCCUGCCUGUCGCAAUGGAGAAGUGGGGCGGCUGGGCCGCUCCUCCUCUGCUGCUGGAGUGAGACAGGUGGGUGGAGGAGACGUCCAGAGACAGAGCAGUCUACCAGCACGAGAAGCCCUGAAUCAGCUGCACGGUCUGGCCCAGCCUCAAGCGUCCUGCAGUCCCAGCGUGUCUCGGCAGCAGCAGCAGCUCCAGCUCCACCAGCAGCAGCUGCAGCUGAAGCAGCAGCUCCAGCAGCUUCAACAGCAGCACCACCUACAGCUGCAGUUCCAGCAGCUCGCCCAGCUGGCGCAGGGACAGCCUCCUGUCAGCGGGGGCAAUACGGCGUCCACAAUGCAGACCCAGAGAGACGGCAAGCUGCUGGAAGUCAUUGAGCGUAAACGCUGCCUGUGCAAAGAGAUCAAGGCCCACAGGCGCCCCGACAAAAGCCUGUGCAAGCAGGACAGCAUGCCCAUCCUCCCUAGCUGGAGACGGACACCUGAGCCUCGUAAGACUGGCACGCCACCCUGCCAGAGGCCGCAGGCUGUCGUGUGGGACACUGCUAUCUGAGAGGGUAAGACAGGCCAGUGAGCAAAGCACCUGAAGAGAGACAAAAUAACGCAGAUGAGUUGGAGAGGGCUGAAUAAUUAAAAUAAUUAAAAAUGGAUGAGGUAACUUGAAAAAUCCUGAAUAUGAUUGUGGUGACAUAAUAGCCACAGAGAGACGGUGGACAAAGACAGAAACAGUCACUUGCGCUCUCGUUGUGUGAAGAAUGGACCUAUGGACAGUAAUGACGGUUACUGGAGACUUUCAACUUUUUGGUAUCAAAAGCUUAUAAAGAAGUAAAAAAAAAAAAAAAAAAGAAGUAUUACAAUCACACUAAAUGAAUUUCUUAUCCGAUUUAUUUGUAUCUGCUCUGUGCUAUGUGCUACACUGACGCGUUCCAAUUGCCAAUGAUUUUUGCCACAAAACACCAGUAUUACAGCUACAAAAAGAAGACACCGACGAAAUAAUGACGGAAUGGGUCGUUUUCUGAGAUUGGUGUUGCCAAAUUUCUUCCUGACUACUUGAGACAUAAAGGAAUCAUGUAUUUUCUCCCACACAGUUAUCCAGCAUUCAUAGAAACUACUCUGUGGAUGAGAAAAGGCUCAUAGAUAAGUUAUUGAAGUGUUUUUUGAAAAUCGUGAAUGUAUAUGAGAUGUCUUGGUAUCAAUAGAUUGUCAUUGUGGAUGCAAAUAAUCAUCACCGAGGAGUAAAAGCUACCUACUGUAUCCGUUUGCAUAUUUGUAAUGUAAAUCUAUUUACUUUCUCAAAGUCUCUGCAAUUUUAUAGCAAUAUGCUCCCGAAGCUGGAGCAACAUAAUUAAAAACUUGUGUCAACUAGCCUAACAUACAUAUCUAAGACUUGAAUAAGUCAUAUUUACUGUGUCAUUCUCUGCAUGUCAUGAUAGACAUACAGUAUUGUAAAAAAAAA